AUGUCCCAUAAUCAAAGAAAUGACAGUAUAAAUGUAGUUGCCGAAACCGACAACAGCGUAAUUAAGGAUCUAGACAGCAACGAAAGUUCGCCUGGUGGGAAUAUCAACAAUGGAGAAAAGCAAAUUACAGAUCAGACAAAUUAUUUGCCAAAAUCUAGAAUUGUAAUGGUGUUUUUCUCGUGUAGCGCUGUCGAUUUCCUGGCAUUAAUGGAUCAGACAAACAUUGCUGUCGCUUCAACUUUUAUCGCAAGUGAUCUCGGCGCAGGAGGGCAAUCUUCGUGGAUCGCAUCAGCCUAUUUCUUGACUUCUACAGCGAUGACUUUGAAUUAUGGUAGAUUAUCUGAUGUUUGUGGUCGUAAAAUGUUACUGAUGGUCAGCUUAUUCGGUUUCUUUGUCUUCACGAUAGGAAGUAGUUUAUCUCAGACCAUGACGCAACUUAUCGUGUUUCGCGCUUUGUCAGGUGCAUUUGGCGGUGGGAUGAUGAGUUUAUGCCAACUCAUAGUGAGUGAUGUAGUCAGCUUGAGAGAUCGAGGAAAAUGGCAAGGCAUUCUCGGGGCCUUUAACGCAUUGGCAAACGGCGUUGGACCAGUAAUUGGCGGUGCUUUAGCGACUGUCCAGUGGCGAUGGAUUUUCUGGCUUAAUCUGCCUAUAUGCGCCAUUGCUUCGGCUAUGGUGUGGUAUAUAAUGCCACUGAAAAAAGUAGAAGGUCAUUGGAAAGAGAAGGUGGGGAGGAUAGAUUUCGUCGGUACAAUACUCGCAUUGCUCAGCACAACGCUGAUUAUUCUUGGUCUCACCUGGGCCGGAUCUGAGUAUGCAUGGGAUUCAGCGCAUGUCCUCUGCACUCUUAUUCUCGGUGUCGUCUUAGCAGGUGUAUUUCUGGGAUGGGAAAAAUAUUCUAAUUUACCAGUCAUGCCGCUGUAUAUCUUCAAAUCAAGGAUGGUCUGUGGAGCAUGCAUUACACAGGCUAUCAAUGGUUGGAUAUUCCUCGUACAGACGUUUUAUCUACCAAAAUUUAGUCAGUUGGCUUUUGGCUACUCUGCUAUUAUCUCAGCUGCUUUGCUCAUACCGCUGACGGUUGUGCAGACCAUCAGCAGCACUAUCGGUGGACUACUUGUGACAUGGACGGGUAAGUAUAAACUCAUCAUUCUGUCUGGAUGGGCUCUAUGGGUCGUAGGCGUCGGAUUGAUAAGCACGCUAGAUGAAACAUCGGGACUGGGCAAGCAGAUUGGUUACUCUAUCUUGGCAGGAUUUGGUGUUGGCCAGACACUUCAGGCUAGUUUGGUUGCUGUCCAGGCAGGAGUCGAAAGGAAAGACAUGGCGGUGGUGACAUCGACCCGAAACUUUGUGCGCAAUCUAGGCGGGACACUGGGAUUAGCGAUUAGCGGAACGAUACUUAACAAUAUAACGCGGUCAAGAUUGUUAGAAGACGGAGUAGCUGAGGGUGUUAUCGACAGCGUUAUACGGAGGCCGGAGAGUGCACGAAACGACCUCGACAGUGAAACAAGGAAAUUGGUAGUCGAUGUGUACAGAAUGGGCUUUAGAGUAGUCUUUUUGACUAGCGCUGCUUUGGCGACCGUGGCUUUCAUGGUGGCUCUUCUCAUGAUGCCGCAGAUCAACCUCGAUCGCGCUGAUGACGAGAAACUCAAGGAGGAGGGUAGGAAGUGGGUUGAGGAGGGCAAGAAGGAGAGGCAGAAGGUGGCAGAGAGUGGUGAGUCAGAACAAGAACAAGCUAUACAUCGAUAA